CUGACAGUCUGAAACGAUUAUGGCUCGCAGAAGACAUGGAGAAAACUACAAUAUGCGAUAAUAUGCCACUCAGUGAAUGGGUUGCUGGAGAAAUCCCACGCAAUAAUUCUUAUUCCGAGUCGAACCAAGUAGCUAUUCACAGAGGUGUAAACGUUAUGCUACCUCCCCAGAUCUCUGCAGCAUACACUCUCUACUCAAAAUUAGCGUCGGGUACAUUUGGGAGCGUAUUCUAUGGAGAAGAAAAAUUAACUCAUCGUCCAGUGGUUAUAAAAAUUGUUGAAGCAUCCAUGGCAAAGACGGUUUUGUACAAUGGGAUAAAAGUUCCAAAAGAAGCAGCUCUUUUCCAAAAAAUUCCAUCACAUGCGAAUAUCAUUCCGUUUAUCGAAUGGGCAGCAGCAUUUCCAAAGCAUUGGAUUUUCGUGUUUGAUUAUCACGGAUAUGGCAACGAUAAACCCAAAUCAACUUUAAAACAUUAUUUAACAGAUGUUGCAAAAGGUAGAGAAAAGCGAGGAUUAACGGAAAAUGAAGUAAAGAAAAUUAUGCACCAGUUACUGUCGGCAUGUAAUCAUUUAGAGAAACAUGGGAUUUAUCACUGCGACUUAAAGCUGGACAACGUAGUCGUCGAUGGCGAAGGUAAUAUAAAACUAAUCGAUUUUGGAUUGGCAGUCGAAGGAGAGAUAGGCUUUGGGAGAACUGGUUCAAUAUUUCCUCCGGAAAUGUAUGACCACUACGUGCCCUACGAACUAUCAACGGCACAAAUAUGGGUACUUGGAAUUGUGUUUUAUCAACUUUUUGAAGCAGUCAAGCCAUAUCACGAAGAGCAGGUAAAAUCCAAGGCAUUAGGUCGAGUUAUGUUUAGCAGACAUAAUCGACCGUCGAACGAAUGCGUUGAAUUAAUAGAGUGGAUGUUGAAGGUAGAUCCUAACCACCGACCACAGUCAGUGAGUAGGGUCAUGCAACAUGGAUGGUUUAUGUGCGCUUGA